AUGACCUUAGAUUCUCUUGAGGCUCGGUUGUGGUCCAUCGCAGCUCAGCCUAACAACACGGAUUGCUCUGACGCAGAUGGCAUUUGUCCAUUACGUUGUGACAGCGUUGAUAUUCAGUGCUACGUGAUUGACAAUAAUGGCUUUGUCCUCAUUUCAAAGCAGCGCAAUGAUGCAGGCCGAUUUCUGGGUGAGCUGGAUGGUUCGGUGAUGACGACGUUGAUACGAAUGGGCAUGUUCAAAAGAGUGUCCUUGUUUGACUACCAGGCCAUGUGUAAGAUGCACUCUCACUCCGUCAGCAGCGGGCGCCACAUCAUGAGCCCGCUGCACAGUUUGGCUUCUGCUCUCAAGUGGUUCUUGUCCAACUUCCUGCUGUUUCUUCUCGAGUUUAAUAUCUGCAGUCUCUGGCACACGGAUCACUUUGCUGAAGCGUCUCUUCACAAGAGGAAAGGAGAGAUUCUUCAGCCAUGUGAGACAGAGUACCCCAGCUUUGUGUACGAGCCCUCUGUCAGAGAGACCAACAGCAUCAUCAAGUGUGGCCGCUGCCAGAAGUCCUCAGGGUCCCCUGAGGAGUGCCUCGGAUUUCACCCUGUCUUCAUUUACCAUGGAAAAGGGAUGUUCGUGGUACAGCAGGUCCCAGACACAAACCUGCUCUUGCUCGUGGUUCAGGCCGACUGCGACUGCUCCAAACAGUACUCCAGCAUCACUCUGGCCCCACAGGAAUUGCUGCUCCUUAACAUGGCUGCACAUAACUACUCCUCUAAAUGCGAACGAAUGAGGUCCCAGAAGAUCCGCAGGCGCCCAGAAUCAUGCCACGCUUAUCAUGAGCAGGAGAACGCCAACGACUGCGGAGGAGCGUCGGCCGCGUCACUGACCACAUGGCUCUUUUUCCUGUGUUGUGUGGCUUCGGUCCUGGUCCCCUCAUGGUCUCCUGAGGGUCUCCUGAUGGUCUCCUGA